CCCAAGAAAGCCAAUCAAACCAUUCCGCUCCUCCCCCAGUACAAGGCAGCUUUCUCUGUGGCCCCUCCCUCCAUCGAUCCUUCCUGGCCAGGGCGCUCUUCCUCGAUUUACGUAGGCGCCGGCGGGUUGCGGCGAUUCUCCUUUCACUCCUCUGACCACGUAGCGGUAGAUCUGCCGUCCUCUCUCCCGUUGUCUCCAUCUGAGGUGUCUGACUUUCUGGAUUAUUGAAGCACAGCGGGUUGCCUUCAAGAAUUUAGCUAAAUAGCUAUGUAUAUUAGGAAUUGCGAAUAAUAUGGUCUUGCUUUUCUGUGAAAAUGAUAUUCUUACAAAGUCAAAGAUGCAAUUAAUGUUUGUAGCUUCAUCCAUCUGGAUUACCAGCCACAUCUAGUCAAGACAAUCAUAAUCUGGAACAGAAAUAUGUAUAAAUUGCCAGCAGGCAGAAUGAUCAACAAACAACUUCUGCUGACUUACCUUUAUCUACUCAUUUACAUUUGUCUCUCAUCAGGGGUUAUCUUGUAUAACAAGUGGGUACUAUCUCCGAAGUAUUUCAAGUUUCCUUUCCCCAUAACUCUUACUAUGAUUCACAUGGGAUUUUCUGGUGUGGUAGCAUUUUUUCUUGUUCGUGUUUUUAAGGUUGUUGCACCUGUUAAGAUGACUUUUCAGAUAUAUGCAACUUGUGUGAUUCCUAUUAGUGCAUUCUUUGCAUCAAGUCUCUGGUUUGGCAACACCGCUUAUUUGCAUAUUUCAGUUGCUUUCAUUCAGAUGCUAAAGGCCUUAAUGCCUGUUGCAACAUUUCUGAUGGCUGUUAUCUGUGGCACUGACAAAUUGAGGUGUGAUGUUUUCUUGAACAUGGUGCUAGUCAGUGUCGGGGUCGCAAUUUCAUCCUAUGGAGAGAUUCAUUUUAAUGUAAUUGGAACAGCUUUCCAAGUUACUGGUAUAUUUGCAGAAGCUUUAAGACUGGUUUUAACUCAGGUCCUUCUCCAGAAAAAAGGCUUGACACUGAAUCCUGUUACCAGUCUAUAUUACAUAGCACCCUGCAGUUUUCUGUUUCUCUUUAUACCUUGGUAUGUGUUGGAGAAGCCAGGGAUGGAAAUAUCACAGAUUCGGUUUAAUUUCUGGAUAUUUUUCUCAAAUGCUCUCUGUGCAUUAGCGCUGAACUUCUCCAUAUUUCUAGUAAUUGGUAGAACUGGGGCAGUGACCAUACGGGUUGCUGGAGUUCUGAAAGAUUGGAUAUUGAUAGCCCUUUCCACAAUUGUAUUCCCUGAAUCAACAAUAACUGGUCUUAAUAUAAUUGGCUAUGCCAUUGCUCUUUGUGGUGUUGUCAUGUACAACUAUUUGAAGGUCAAGGAUGUCAGAACAGCAAAUCAACUACCAAUGGAGAGCAUCGCUGAAAGGGCCUCAAAGGAGUGGAAGCUGGAGAAGAAGUCAGAUUUUUAUAGUGACAGUAGUACAAACACCAGAAACAUAGGGAGUGAUGCUGGUGUUGCUGCUUCAGAUUCAUUUGUGGUCGACGAAGAAGCACCGCUCCUCCAGUUGAAGAUUUCCAGUUUGAAGUCAACCUAGUGGUUGGCCAUACUGCACAAUCAAAUGUGUCAAUAGCAUGAAGAUCUUUUGGUUAAAUAUGUUGCGGAGAACAAGUCUUGCUCUCGAUACCUCAUUUUUUGCAGAGAAAACCAUUGAAGAUGCACCCAUUGGGGAUUAGGAAAAACAUGUAACUUGAUCAUUCAUAAGAGUUGUCACUAGAAAUUUUGCUUCCAAAAACUUGAGUUGGCUUGGGGAGGAGAUUUAAGGUUUUGUUCGGAACAGUAGGCUACAUUGUAGAGGUUUAUGCAGUUUCAACUAUUAACAUCAUAACAGAUCAAGAAAUGAUGGAAGCCCAUGUAUAAACAGAUUGACUUGUUGAGAUGCUGCUAAUUCUCUUCGGUGCAUUGGUUCAAAUUCCGACAACCUUGAUCGGUCAUCUUCUAGCCAGGACUGCAUCAAAAUUAUUUUGGUAUGGUUCAUGAAGGGGCUGAUUUGUGUGUUAAUUCGUAAGUUGUCUAAACCUUCAAUGGUUUAGAUCUAAAGUGAUGGAUUCUUCAAUCUGUAUGCCACAGCAUACAGGACUGGAAUAUAUUGUUGGAUCUGUAGCAGGAGCCUGAUAAA